AUGAGGUGCGAGAACAAGGCCGCUGAGAGCGCGUCUGCACAACUCUGUGAAGACGCCGAAGCAGAAACCUCUGCAACCGAUGUGUCAUCGGUUGUCAUAGUGUCUCAGUCUAUAUCACCUGGUGAUGCAGGCGCUCGUCAUGAAGACAAUCAUGUCUUCUCAGAGUAUGAGCUCGGUGUCUCAUACUCUCCUGAUACGGAAGAGGGAUCCGUAGCGAAGGCGGUUGAAACCUAG